AUGAAGAACUCAUACUUGGGCCUAAAGGCAAGGCUUUCUCAAGCCUGGAUCACUCCUUGGACAUUGUGUUGUUUAUACAUUUUUUUGCAAUUCCUUCUCUUCAACAAAAGUUUACAAUCAAAGAUAGAGGAUGCUUCAAAAUCCGAGGCAAUGGCUAAAAAUUAUUCUUGUCAAUUGAUGCAAGAAAAGGUCAAUUCAAUUCUCAAUUCUCCUGGCAUGAUUGCGAAUGCCGUUGUUAAGCUCACGGAGAAAAGCAUCAAUUCAACGGUGGAUUUGCUUUUAUCUGGAUUAAUUGACACAAUUGAAGCUGCUGAAAAGACUAUUUUUUUUUUUAUUGAAUUCACUUAUGGUACCUAUUUAUGUUUAUUGCAAUUGGCUUUGAACGGUGCUCUAGAUGCCAUGGUGGACGUGGGAGAAGACAUAGAACAUGUCGUAAAUAGUACUCUUAAAACAAUUUCUGAUGGAAUGGAAGACACUAUUAGCGGCUUUAACAGUGAAAUACAAAAAGCGGAAUCUUCGUUUAAAAAAGUCGCUUCCUGGCUUGGCGAAGAUGUAAAUUUACCUAACAUCUCAAUUCCCCAAAUCCAGUCCUUAAAGAAUUUGAGUCUCCCCUCUUAUUAUGACACUAAACUUGAAAGUCUUCGCAAUUCUAUAAAUUUUGAUCAUGCUAUAAACGUCACAGAAAAUGCAAUUAGUGGCCCCUUAAAGCUGGCUAGGUAUUCUAUCUUAAAAGAGGUCGGGAAUUUUACAUUCGACAGUUCGUCAAUAACUCAGCCCAAACAGGCACAAUACACUGUUUGUUCCGGUGAUGAUACGAAUUCAUCAAGCUCGGUUUAUACUGUACUAACUACUUUAAAAUAUGUAAUUCUUAUAAGCUUGGUGAUCUCUAUCAUUGGUUUAAUUGUGGUGAAUGCUUUUUACGAGGCCUGGAAGUGGUAUAGAUUGAAACGGAGAGCUUCUCUCAUUGACGAAUAUAUAGAAAAGAACAUGUUCGAAGAUACUCGGGAUUUGGUCACCUAUUUAGAAUCCCCUUUGCUGUGGAAUUUAAAACGAGGUAUUUCUUUUUUGCCCGUCCCUGCACAUCUAAAGUUUCGUCUUCGAUGGUUUAUUUCAUACAUUUUUUAUCCCCCUGCUACCAUUUUACUUUUCGUGGGAAUUGCUUCUCUCUGUUCUUGUUUAUGUCAAUUGUUAGCUUUGCGGAAAUUGAGCAACCUGGAAACCUCUCAAAGCUCAUUCUCUAAUGUAUCCUAUCAAGACAUGCAGCAUGCUUUACAAAACAUAUCAUAUGAGUGGUCUAACAGCACAAACCAAGCUAUAUUGGCAAAUCAAAAUCGCAUUAAUGACGGCAUGUUUGGGUCCAUAUCAAAUACUGCACUCUCUUUAAACAAUACUUUAAAUGUUUUCAUGAAUGAAGUAAAUUCUACCAUAUCCUCCGUCUUUGGAGAUACAAUAUUGAAUAAACCCGUCCAAAAUGUUAUGAAUUGUUUGCUUUAUCAUAAGAUUGAAGAUUUCGAAAAAGUUUCUACUUGGAUUCAUAAUAAGUCUCAUAUUGACUUUCCACUACUUCAUGGCGACGUACUAAGCGAACCGAUCAAUAAUCAAACUUUGAAAGGAGCACUUGCAUCAAAUUCUACUUUCUCACAAACAACUUCCAGUGGUCUUACUAAAAUUCUUAAUACCCUUGAGGGUACAGUGAUAUCUGAGAUCAAACAGUCAUUAUUGUUUAUUUUUCUAUGGUUAGCUGUAUGUGCCUUGGGCUUACUUGCUCUACUAGCUGAUACAGUAAAACUAAUGGUACUAAAAACAUAUGAUUUUGCAUUAUCAAAUAUUUUAAAAAAGAAAGCUGUCAUUACGUCCCCUUUCAACCCGCUAGAAUUUCCGGUCGCUGAAGACCGCACACCUCCUCCUGUACCUGCGAGAACUUCUGCUGUUUACGACUUUCAAAAUACAGCUUAUAAUACUAAUCAUUUUAACGACUACAGCAAGAAAACUCCAUUAUCGCCGGCAGAUUUGGCAAUGGAUAUACCUAUAUCUCCAGCAUUUAACUCUGAUAUUUAUUUCAAUACUUCAUGCAUAGAAGAUGAUGAAAAACAUCGCUAA